ACUAUGCGCAGUCGACAAGUAAUGCGCCUUCACCGCCUCCGACGACGUUCAGGCGAGGUGCAACGACGAUGCAGGAUCGCCCAGACAAGCCGCUAGUAGUCAAGUGUGCCUUCGACACCUGGCAUAAGCGCAUAUCCUUCAACUCCGCCCGCAAUUGCACGUAUAACGUGCUCAGGCGCAAGGUAGAACAGUGCUUUUCGCUCGUGGCCUCGAGCUACACGAUCUCGUACAAGGAUGACGAUGGGGAGAUCACAGACAUCACGACAGAGACGGAUCUGACGGAGGCCAUCCAGUACUUCCAGGCGGGGACGGACGACGCGGCCUUAUCGUCUGCCGCAUCUAUCCUCUCGGGAAGAAGCUUUGGGAACAAGCGAAUAACACUGCGAGUCACCAUAAACGUCGAUUAUGAUGGCCCCAGCCUAUCGGACACCUCUUCCCUUGCCAGCCUGGACGAGUACGGAGGGCGGAACAGCAGCCAGCUCUCCCUCUCCAUUGGAUCGCUUUCUGGAUCGCUCAGGGUACCCGAGGACGACAAUGUGACUGUCAGCUCGCGCGACACAGGCUCCUCUCGCCCAAGCAUCCCACGACGCACCUCCGAUUCCCCCUCCGAAGUGCGCACAGCACACGCGCGCAACCCCUUCGACGAGGAAGAUGCCGCCACAGAGUACCCCGCCACAACGAGUGCAGACAGCCGCUACGCUAGUGCCCAAGCACGAUAUCCCGAGAACCCCUCUGCGGUCUUCGAACGUCUGCGUGCGCAAGACACAGAGUCUGAGGAUGCGUCAGGCGUGUUCCGCGGAUCUACCUGGCUGCGCGACCAGAGCGAACGGGCCAUCCGCGCCAGGCUUGGCGCGCUCCCCGCCCCGUCCGAUACGGACACUUUCUCCCUGGGGGACGGCCAAUCUGUACCGGAGGGCGAUCUCGACCUGCAGAUGGACGAGAAUGGAAAAUACUACUACUCCUAUCGCUCUGCAACCUCCUCGUCCCAGCACGAAUCCAUGCUCCCCGAGUCCGAGGACGUCGAUGGGGAUAGACAGACCAUCGACAUGCGUGUCCGUCCUGCCUCGCGACACCUGAACUGGCUUGCCUCACAACAGGUUCCCACUGAACCCCAGCCUGGACCUUCCACCAGCACUAUGACGCGGGUGAAUGGAAUACCGCAGGAUAUCCCGCCAGAGCUCUUGCAAUUCAUCCCCCUCUCGCCCCCUGCGCCCGAUCGCAUCACAGCUUGCUCUGAAUGUGGCCUGCUACUCGAGACCAUUCGAUAUGUCUGCUCCGUCUGCGGCGAGCGUCCGCCCGCGAAUAGCAAUGCUCCCUCACGCGCCUUUCUCGAUGCACAUAACGGCUCCCCAUUCGCCGAUCCCAGCGAGUUCUCCUACCCGCCCUCGACGCACCGGCAAAGCGGACCGUCCUCUUCCUCCCGAACGCUCAUCGGCACAGCGGAUGCGCCGACACCCCUGCGGCCAGCCGCGAGUGCCUCCUCGCUGCACGUCCCAGGCGCCCCCGUCCCAGGCACAUCCCGAAGGCAGGGUUACGAGCUCUGCGCGGACUGCAUACACAGCGCGGGCAUCAAUCAUGCUAUUCAAGCUGGGCUUGCACCCGGAAGGGGGACCCCGUAUCACGCGGCGAAUCCGGCGGAGGCGGCGCGGCUUGCGCUGCAGUGGCGGAGGUCGGCGCCGAGUCAGAAGGGGCAGCUGCGACAUGCGUACAGGGAGCAGGUCUGGACGCAUAACGGAUGGGAGGAUGUGGAGCAACCGCGGACGUCAACGAAGUGCUCGACGUGCGAUGCGAGUACGCGACACAAAUGUUACAAGUGCGCGUCGUGCGACAGCUUCAAUCUGUGUAGAGCAUGUUACAGUCAAGUUCACGACUUACAUCCCUCACACGCGUUCAUCAUUUUGCCCGACCCGCCAAAUGAGAAUGGGUCGCUUAGCGAUGGCCGGGAGAUGCCAGGGCUCUCGCCUGGAGACGAUGAAUCGCUUGUCCAUCCAGGAGUCAAAUGCGUACAUUGCAUGCUCGACAUCGUCGGCGCACGCUUCCACUGCGCCAUCUGCGACUCCGUGGACAUCUGCGCCAACUGUGAGUCCGCCGGCCUCCCCGGCAACCUCGACGCCGCCGACGGCGGCCACGACUCGUCGCACAUCAUGAUCAAGAUUCCGUACCCUCUCGACUCGGCCGAGCUCCAGACAGCGAGUCGGCGCGCUAUUGACCUGUGGCGCGGGCGCGACGCGGCGAGCGUCGGUGUCGCGCUGCCAAGGUCGAAGCCGAGCUCGGUGGUGUCAGGGUAUGCGCGGACGGUGGUGGGAUCGGCGGCGGCGCCGGUAUAUGACCAUCAUCUGGCGUGCGAUGCGUGUGAUAGGCCAAUUAUUGGUACGCGUUACCAGUGCGGAAGUUGUCCGUCGUCGCCGGUCGGCUACAACCUAUGUGAGGAGUGCGAGAAGAAGUCGUACGCGGUGCAUAACCCAACGCACAUCUUCUUUGUGCUGCCUCGGCCAGUGCAGAGACCAUUGGAGUCCUCGAUGCCCAUCGUCCCACCGAACUUAUACAAAUCUGAGUCAGGCCCACCUGCUUCCCUAGUGAGCGGCAAGGAUCCUCGAGGUGAAUUCUCUCCUUCCGUUGUCAUGCAUAUCGACUCAUCGAGUCCAGCGUACCUCCGCCACAUUGUCCAUUCAUCUGCGGUCUGUGACCGCUGCGUGCGACCCAUCCAGGGCGAGUGGUUCCGCUGCGCAUACUGCGCGAAGGACCUCUGCGACGCCUGCCAUGAUGUCGACACGCACAAUGACGCGCAUGUUUUCCUGGUGUUCAAGGCUGCUGUCGAUAUGCAGGCAUUUCGACGUUUCUCUGACCUCGACAAUCCCAAACCCAUCAUUCCCUAUCCCGUGUAUCGUUAGAGGCAGCAAUUCCGCUGCUUGUGUAUCGUACUGAUAAAUUCACGUUCUCGCGCGCCCGCGUUGUCUCCCUGUAUAUCCGUCCCCAGUCUCGAGCGUCAGUCAUGCUCCUGUAAAGGGACUGGCUGUGUGAGCUUGCGACUUCAUGGCCACGCAGCGGCGCCUCGGCAGUUGCCGUGGACCCUUGUUCUGAAUCACGCACAUCAUUUUGCUUUGUUCGUUCCGCC